AUGGCCCUACCUAGCGCCGCACCUGGCGCCCAUCCCGCCGUCGACGCCCGGCGCGCCGCCGCAAGCCUCGCCUGCUGCCGUUCGCGCGCCCACGCCGCCGGCGCUGACCGAGGCGUUGCGCGAGCCGCCCAAAUUCAACCCCAAGUUGCGGCCGCGGCCCUUGGCGCUAACGCACUCGUUCCAGGACGACAGCGCGCUCGCGCCGCCGCGCAUGGCGGCCCACAUCGACCCGCCCUUGAAAACGGCGCCGCCCGCAGCAGGCUUUGCCGCCCUGUACAAGUCCGACCUGUACUACCGGCCCGUCGGGUCGCUUCUCCUGUAUCCGUGCCUGAUGACGGUGCUGCCGUUGUCGCCGCUUUUCCACCAGUCGUUCAACCAGGUGGCGCCGCCGCCCGCAUCCAGUGGCGCCGCCCGCGGCGCGCGCGACCUGCUUGUGCUUCCUCAGCCGCAGGCGCGCGACGCCGACCGCGGCAAUUGGCUCGCCCGCAUGCUCAACGAGCCGUCGCGCAAGCCCACCAUCGACAGCCUAGUGGACGAGGAAGACGACAAGGCGAGCCAGACGGUGUAGCCGAGACAAUUCGAGCUUUCGCCUGA